CAACGUGGCUGCGGGCGGCGGGCGCAGCAGCAGAGAACAUAGGGUGGGGGCCGGGGUCUUGGAUCUGGCUGGAGCUAGGGAGCGGGCCCCACGUCCAGGUGUUCUUGCUGUCCUCACGCCUGGGUAAAGAGACCUCACCCCUGACCCGAAGUCGUAGCAUCGCCUUCAGGCGGGAAAAGUGUGGAUGGAACAGUGCUCGGCCAGGACCCUGACUGCGUUAACGUAGUUGGGGAAAUCUGAGAAAUCAUUUAAAUCUCCAAAUAUUCCCGGAUUGAGUGUCCCUUAGAUAAUAAGGAUGUGCUUCUACUGUAACAUUAAACGUGGUAGAAAUAAAUGGAAUGUGGCAACCUGUUGACGGCGAUACCUGUCAAGUAUUCCCCUAUGGACUUGGGUUGCUCAUGGUAGGAAUUUGAUUUGCCUUUGCAUGCUUGCAUGUACCUUAUUACCUGAUGCACAGCGGUUCCAUGUAGGGCUGUCGACUAUUGGAGGCCAAUCACUUGGCAGGGGACCUCUGACGGCUUUGUUUGCCACAGACUGGACUCCCAGUUGUAGGAGUGCCUCAAACCACUGCAGGCCAUCCUUCAUCAUUGGGAGUGAAUGGUCAGUCAGGGUACUGAGUGUGUUUCCCCUGUGAGUGAGCACAAGAUGUGAAGCCCUUCAGAGGAUGACAAAAGGAAUGGAUGAGGUCAUCCUGCUGCUGGGUUGCGCGGGAAUCUGCAGGGAAAUGCUUUAGUGAAUGACUGCAGCCACAGUACUGGACACUACAGCCAGUGCUUGGUGUCUGCCCAGUAAGGGGACUCCAACUGAGGAGUGUGUUGGGUUGGGAGUUUGUUACCAAUGUGCUGCUGGCUCAUAAUCCAGUUAGCAAGACAACGUUGUAUCGUUUUUUUCAAUCAUCUAAAGCAGCAGUAAGACUGAAGAGUGGAGAGCCACCCUUUGAACUGUGCAUGGCCAGGCACAGUUUAGAGCACUUCCCAGGGGUUGUUUUAUAGUCUUUUUGUAACCUUGAGGUGGAAAAAUGAUUUGGACUAGUUUGCUCAGUUUUGGUCUUCUCUUGUCAUAGUGUCCCCUUCCCACGUGAUCUCAUCCAGCCUUUUGGGUUUAAUGCCAAUGUUUCUGGACACCUUUCAUUCUCCACCUUUAUCUGCAGCUCUUGACCUGCCUCCUGAACUCCAGCCUCACACUUCCAACUGCCUUUUCCACAUUGUUUGUUUGCCUUUGGUCCUGCUGCUGGGGAAGGUUUGAGAUAGGUUCUUGUUUUGUAGUUCAGACUGGCCUUGACCUCACUAUAUAGCCUAGGCUGGCCUUGAACUCAGAGAUCCACCUGCCUCAGCCUCCCAAGUGCUGGAAUCACAGCCCUGUUCCACCACACUCGCCUAUCACAUGUUAUUUUGAUGCCAAGGAGCUGUGUCCAAAUCAAACUUCAGUCCCCCUACCACAUCUUGUGCUUUUCUAAAGUCACCUUGAUUACUGUUUUAUUCUUUUUUGCAUCCCUUAAAAUGCCCUGUCAGCUCACCUUUUGUUUCCAACAGUUGUUUCUCUACUUUCAUUUUUGUGUCCUAGUCUAAGUUACCAGGGAGUCUUAAUUAUUUUCUUUGCUCUCAUCUUUGGACCCUUUGCUAUAUAUUUAUAGUUUUUCUGAACCCAGUGUGUUUCUUUAAACCGUAAGAUAGUAUAAAACUGAGGCAGUGCAGAUUCAGGCUAGCUUACCUCGUUGACAGAUGUACCACUUCCCACCUGUGUCACCUGGAGCAAAUUGUUUUAAUCUUUCUAUGCUUAACUUUACUUUCAGAACUACAUAAGAACUGAAUGACUUUAAGUACAUAAAAUGUUUUGACCAUGUGCAGGCUGAGGGUUGAAUGCUAUCCUUGUAAUGUCACUGUUAGAUCCUCCUGUCCAGUGGCCUAUCUGUCAAGAUAAAAGCCAAAGCCUGACUGAUGUGGUCUAUUGUCACUGUGUACACUGCCCUAGCUUGGUCACAGCAUACUUCUGCCCUAGUGCCUUCACUUUUCCUCCAGGUGUUGCCAGGGAUCUUCCCUCUUACCCCUUCUACCUAAUUGGCUCUAUUCUGCCUUCAAGGAAACAGUGGAUGUGGGAUCUCUCUCUCACCACCCUUUUGGAAGCUGCCUCCCCUUUCCCACUCCUUUACUUUCUUCCUUUUAAAGCUUGAGCAUUUCUCAGCAUGUGACAUGUUAGGUGCUUUUGUUAGUUGUUACUUGUUUAUCAUCCCUGCUAAAAUCUGAGCUCUGUGGGCCAGGAUUUUUGUCUGUCUUGUGCUUGUUGCAUUUAGAAUGGUGUGUAUGUCCUGUAGAAGGCAUUCGGCAAAGGGCUGUGAAUGAAUAGAGAAAGCACAUAGACAAAGAGUAAGGAAUUUGCCCAGGACUACCCGUUGCCAAGUUCAGAGGUGACCAGCUUUCUUUCUGAACCUCCAGGAAUGUAUUCUCCCAUCCCAGGAUUUAAGGUCCCUAUGUUGUCUAUCUUUUCAAGACCCUUUUUAGCAAUUAUUAUCAUCUUAUCUGUUAACAUGCAGGUUAUUUUCUUAGCUGUUAACAUGCAGGCACACAACAGGCUUCUCCAUCCUGUUCUACCCUUUAUCUCCACUGCUCAGCUCAUGGGUCUUCAAACAUUGACUCCCUAAGGUCUUUGCACACUUACCAGGUUCUGGGGAAUCUGGUCAUGGUCUUAUGUGAAGUCUACCACACUGUGUUGACCUGUUUGUUUCUGCAGUGGUCUUUCUUGGCUGCCAGGAGACUGGCCUUCACUCUUUUGUUGUCCUUCAUGCCAGCCUAGUUGCAGCCUCCUUAGUGUAGUGACUGCUACUUUCUCAAUCUGACAUUGUUUUUGUUUAUCCUAAGCGCCUUUGACAGACAUAUUUUUGGGGAAGUAUUUUGUUAAAUUUCUAUUGAAUUCAGAAACAUUGGACCAUUCUAGUAUUUAGAAAUACAAUAACAGUACAGUGGUUGUUGCCCUUCCAGCUGUGUCUCUUUGUGGUAGCAUCUCCCUCAGAAGAGACUAUCAGUGAAUAUUUGAGUUAAUUUAACCUGAACAAGUUCCUGGAUUUUAUGUUGUAUCUCCUUCAAAGCAUAGCUACUAUACUCCAUCCUUUCAUUAUGAGCCUCUUAAACAGAUGAUGUCUGCUGCCUCUUGUGUUUUUCUGGGGUCUUCAGAGUUAAUGUACGUGCUUGCUUACCUCUUGAUCUGCUACUUAUAGGUGUGGUCAUGCUUGUGUCCGUAUAUGUGCAUGACAGCAUGUGCAUGUUUGUAUGUGCAUGGAGUGGGAGUAUACAUGCAUGCAUGUGUGUGUGUGUGUCUGUGCACAUGCUUCUGGUUGCUGGCAGUCCUGUUGUAGACAUUUGGGUUUUCUGGCUGUUGACCUUUACCUGCUUUUUCUACCUUGAGUCAUCACUUUUUGUGCUUUUUCAGUAGUGCAGCUUACUAGAGUAGGCACUCUUCCCACUCUGAUCACUUUCCUCCUGUGGUUUUGGCAUUUGUCUCCUUGCUUAUGUGAUCUGGCCUACCAGAUCUUCCUGGGCUAGUUGGGGUGGAGAGAUGUGACUUUAAGGCCUGUCAGAUCUGGAGCAUCCCUCUAUUCUCCUCUCCAGGCUCCUGCCUGGAUGCUAGAAUAUGUGUGUUGCUCCAAGGGAAAAGCCUCCCUUACGUUGGGUCCCUCUUUUCUCUGCUAUCAAUCCCAUUGGGUCCACAGGUAUCGUCAGUCUUUGAUGUGUCCAGAGCCUCUUUUAUACCUUCGUCCUCUGGCUUUACCAAUAGCUGGGUGCAGUUGCCUAUGUCUGGCAUAGCUGAGUCUUCUUUGUUUUUUGGUACCAGGGGUCGAACUCAGGACCUUGUGCCUGCCAGGCAGGCGCUUACACUGCUGAGCUAAAUCCCCAGCCCCCAAGUCUUCUUUCUGAUAACAGUUGCUUCACCCUUGAUAGUUUAUUGCCCCCAGGAUGGAGCUAGGCUCAAAGUACCCAAGACUCUCAACCUUGGUUCCAGCUUGCUCCUGCAGCUCCCCCUAAAAUUCCAGCAGGUUCCCUUCCCAACAGCUACCUGCCCCUUUCCUCUAUUGGUAACAGAACUAUGCUGCUAUCUCUCUGGUGACCUCAGCACGCUGCAUCACUGUCCUGUCCACGUGGGCCCAGGAGAGGGGGUCCCUGGGUAGCAGAGUGCCUGGCCAUAUCUCUGAGGCUUCUAGUGCCACAGAGUUGAGCUGAGGGUCUCAUGCUUUCCCUCUGACUGACCCAGCCCUUGCAGGUGGAAGAAGAGAGGUGCCAUUUUGGCAUGAAGACAGACUCAUUAGUCGUCAGUCUUUUAAGCUGAGUGCAUUGUGAUUUCCAAUAAUUGAGGCAGUGGUUCUAAAAGCUGUCUACAUUAAUGAAAAGAGCAAUGUGGCCAGCUUGACUAAGCAGCCAGUGUGCACAGCGCGGGCAGGACGGCACCGGGUCUCAACGGACUUGUGCAUGUUAGCUGUAUAGAUUUAUGUAAGGUGUUUUAAAACUCUGGUCUUUUAAAAUAGUCUUAACUGCUUUUAAUAUGGAUACGUAUGAGAGUCCCUCUCCUCUCCCGCGUGAGCCCGCAGGAGAAGCAAUGAUGGAGAACCGAGCUUGCCCUUUCCAAGAGCUACCCUGUGAACAGUCUCCACCACCUCCCCUGCAAACGUCCAGUGAUGCAGAGGUAAUGGACGUUGGCUCUGGUGGUGAUGGACAGUCCGAACCCCCUGCCGAGGACCCAUUCAACUUCUACGGAGCUUCUCUUCUCUCCAAAGGAUCCUUCUCUAAGGGCCGCCUCCUCAUAGACCCGAACUGUAGUGGCCACAGCCCGCGCACUGCCCGGCACGCACCUGCGGUCCGGAAGUUUUCCCCUGACCUUAAGUUGCUUAAGGAUGUAAAGAUUAGUGUGAGCUUUACUGAGAGCUGCAGGAGUAAGGACAGGAAGGUGCUGUACACAGGAGUAGAGCACGACACUCGGGCGGAAUGCAGUCUGCUCCUUAGUCCUCUCAGUGGAGACAUGCAUGCUUGUCCCUUUGGUGGGAGUAUUGGUAAUGGGGUAGGCAUAGGGGGUGACAGUGCGGAUAAGAAGGAUGAGGAGAAUGAGCUGGAUCAGGAAAAGAGAGUGGAGUAUGCAGUGCUCGAUGAGUUAGAAGAUUUUACUGACAAUUUGGAGCUAGAUGAAGAAGGAACAGGCGGGUUCACGGCUAAAGCAAUCGUUCAAAGAGACAGAGUGGAUGAAGAGGCCUUGAAUUUCUCCUAUGAGGAUGACUUUGACAAUGAUGUGGAUGCUCUGCUGGAAGAAGGCCUUUGUGCUCCCAAGAAGAGGCGAAUGGAGGAAAAAUAUGGUGGAGACAGUGACCAUCCCUCUGAUGGAGAGACAAGUGUACAGCCAAUGAUGACAAAGAUUAAAACAGUCCUCAAAAGUCGUGGCCGCCCACCUACAGAGCCACUGCCGGAUGGAUGGAUCAUGACCUUCCAUAAUUCUGGAGUCCCUGUGUACCUGCACAGAGAGUCUCGGGUGGUCACCUGGUCCAGACCCUACUUCUUAGGAACUGGAAGCAUACGGAAACACGACCCUCCUCUGAGUAGCAUCCCUUGUCUGCAUUAUAAGAAAAUGAAGGACAAUGAGGAACGAGAGCAAAGCAGUGACCUUACUCCCAGUGGGGAAGUAUCCCCCGUCAAGCCCCUAAGCAGAUCUACAGAGCUGGAGUUCCCUUUGGAAGAGCCUGACUCUGUGGGUACAGACUCAGGGCCCCCAGAUGAGAAGGACCUGCUGGGGGCUGAGGCUGCCCCUGGAGCCCUGGGGCAGGUGAAAGCCAAAGUUGAGGUGUGCAAAGAUGAGUCAGUUGAUCUGGAGGAAUUUCGAAACUAUCUGGAGAAACGUUUUGACUUUGAGCAAGUAACUGUGAAAAAAUUCAGGACUUGGGCUGAGAGGCGUCAGUUCAAUCGUGAGAUGAAGCGGAAGCAGGCGGAGUCAGAGAGGCCCAUUCUUCCAGCUAACCAGAAGCUCAUCACUUUAUCUGUGCAAGAUGCACCCACAAAGAAAGAGUUUGUCAUUAAUCCCAAUGGGAAGUCUGAGGUCUGCAUCCUGCACGAAUACAUGCAGCGUGUCCUCAAGGUUCGCCCUGUUUAUAAUUUUUUUGAAUGUGAGAACCCAAGUGAGCCUUUUGGUGCCUCGGUGACCAUUGAUGGUGUGACUUACGGAUCUGGAACUGCAAGCAGCAAAAAACUUGCGAAGAAUAAAGCUGCCCGAGCCACACUGGAAAUCCUUAUUCCGGACUUUGUUAAACAGACCUCUGAAGAGAAGCCCAAAGACAGUGAAGAACUGGAGUAUUUUAACCACAUCAGUAUCGAGGAUUCUCGCGUCUAUGAGCUGACCAGCAAGGCCGGACUGUUGUCUCCAUAUCAGAUCCUCCACGAGUGCCUUAAAAGAAACCAUGGGAUGGGUGACACAUCCAUCAAGUUUGAAGUGGUUCCUGGGAAAAACCAGAAGAGUGAAUAUGUCAUGGCAUGCGGCAAACACACAGUGCGCGGGUGGUGUAAGAAUAAAAGAGUUGGAAAACAGCUAGCUUCUCAGAAAAUCCUUCAGUUGCUACAUCCACAUGUCAAGAAUUGGGGGUCUUUGCUGCGCAUGUAUGGCCGUGAGAGCAGUAAAAUGGUUAAACAGGAGACCUCGGACAAGAGUGUUAUUGAGCUACAGCAGUAUGCCAAGAAGAACAAGCCUAACCUGCACAUCCUGAGCAAGCUCCAGGAAGAAAUGAAGAGGCUAGCUGAGGAGAGGGAGGAGACUCGGAAGAAGCCCAAAAUGUCGAUUGUGGCAUCUGCCCAGCCUGGUGGUGAACCCCUGUGCACUGUGGAUGUGUGAGGUAGGCAGCACUGGCUGGGGCAUGGGGGCCACCAGCAGUGCUGCCGGGAAAAUCAGCAGCCACAUACCGCCCGUUCUGCAGUGAGGGGCCUCCAACCCAAGUUCCUUCUCUGGCCAGUGUACCUGGUUCCAGGCUCUGGUACAUGGGGAUAGCCAUGGUCACAUCAUAUACAUAUCAAGCAGCAGUUUUUUCCUAGAAGCUGCUCCCAGGUCUAGAUGGAUGUGUUUCAGGAUCACCUCCAAGCGAUCACACACAUGAAAGCUGGUAGCCUAGACAGCUGUAGACCCUGCUCAUAUGUACCUAAUACAGACUGUUUUUGUGAAGGUUUUCAUGAAUUUUGGUAUGUAAUACGCACUGACAAGAAAUGAUACUUGGAUGACAGGUGAGGCCCAAAAAGACAGCAAAGUCUGUGACCAUAGCUCACUUGUGAUUCCAAGCUGCCGUAUGCCGAGGCCUCCCUUGGAACAACUGCAGAGGACCUAGUCAGGAGGUGCACCAGGAACCUUUUCCCUUGUCAUCUGCCUUCUGUCUUUCCCCUCCUUUCUCUGAAAAUGUAACAGAAAGGAGUAUUUGAGACCAUUUUGACUUAAAUUUGAUUUUAGCACCAGAACUACUUUUCAGAGAUUGUGGCAAAUCACCAAGGUGGCUAUUUUCCAAUUGUGACCCAUGGUGCCAAUGGGAGCAUAUCUGGACAGUGUCCCUGUGUGUCACCCUUGUCUGCUGCUGGGCUAGCAGUUUUCUGAUAAAUCUUUGUGCCCUGGUGCCACCUGCCUGGACAUUAAGGCCUCUGCCUUCACUGGCCUCCAGCAAGUUUUUUUACAAAGAUUUUUGCACACUUGAGUCCAUCUGUCAAUUUCUAAAGCUUUUAUGUAUUUUAGAAUUUGGAAACUUUUACAGUGAGACUAGAAAGUAGAUUGAGAAUCAUGUAUUUUAGCAAGUGGAUUUGUUUAACAGGAAACAUGGACCUUCAGUGCAGUCUGUCAUUGAUCAAGAGCUGGCUAAGUAUGUGAUCAGCAGUUGUCCUUCCUAGUGAGCAGCCUCCCUGGAUUUUAGGGGCAGCUGCCAUGUGCAGUCAGGUUCAGUGGCUACCCAUGCUCAUUGGGUGGGCCUUGUGAAUGGGUGUGGUAGUGGUAUAUUCCUUCUCAAGUUUCAGGCACAUGGAUGUUUUUAGGGCUCUGGUGGUAAUAGCCAACUGAGCAUUAUCCCCAUGUGUCCAAGGAACCACGUGCUCAUGGGUAAAAUCCCAGCAGACACAGAAGCCCAGCAUUGGGUCACACCCUCAAGUUCCACAAGACCUGUUUCCCACUGUAUCCUGCAGAUGAUGUGGAUGGCGUGUGCUGUGAGGAAGACAGAACGUUGGCUGUGCCCAACAGUGUUAUCUGUCCCUUACUGCCAGUGACUGAAGGUGGAUUCUGUAUUGAACUUGAAAAAAGCAGUCCCUCUAAACAAAUUGCCGUAGUUAGACACUUGCUUCUGUCUUGCCUCUUGUCUGCAGCUGUGAAUAGUCAUUUGCUCAUGACUGUUGCCCUUAAAACAGCCAGACUCACCAUCAUGAACCAAAGCUUUGUGCAUAUGUGUUACCCUAGAGGCCAGCAAGCUUCACUGUGGCCUUGCUGGUCCCAGGCAUUGCCACAACAGGUGCUCCAUGCACUUGCAGUCUCUGGUGUCCUCUGUCUGCCACAUAUGGCUGUAAAUCCUGUGUGCACAUAGCCAUGCUGUGGAGCCAGGGAGCCUGUUACGCUGCUUCUCUGUGCUGGGCUUGUGGCUAUAGGGUAAGCCUUGAUGGUUUGGAUACAUAAAGCAAACUGUCCAAAUGGGAA